GAUUGGGCCGCGCCCAUUCGCCAUCGAAUCGCUGAAGGCCGUUCGAAGCUGUUGUCCACGCCACUCAAUCAAGUGAAAGCUGUAAUGGAUGUUUCUAUAUCUGUAUACAUGCGUUGAUCUAUGACCUUGUUAGCAUCUCGCCAUCGUCGUACCAAGUUUAUUUCAAGCGACAACUGUUGACCAACCGUUGACAAAUCCGAAUCACCACGCUGCAGGGAAGCUUGUUCUACGUCCGCCCAUGGGAUGACAGCUCGCAGAUUCCCCCUUCUGGUUAUGUUCGGUACACUUAGCCUCAUUGUAAUGGGUAAGAGAUCUCCCAACUCGAGGUCACUGUUGUCGCCGUCACCUCGCCGAAGUCCGCGUCCUUAGUUUUUCGACGUGUCGUCUCUUACAGGAAUGUUCUUCGUCGUAUUCGGAAGUGGGCAACUCUGCUUGCAUUUUUGGAAAUUAACAGAUAAAUAAGCCAGAGGUGUAAGGAGGGAGAUAGUCGGGUCCCCCUCCGUCUCUGCUCUUUCAUCCCCGUUCCGUCACUAUGGCAUCUGCUCUGACCAGUCUACCUUCCAAUAUUAUCCGUCGUGCUUCAUCUUAUGUAUCCAACUCGAAGCAGAACGGUGCACCUGUUGUCGACGCGCCGGAGAGCAAAGAACAAUCAUCUUUCAAGCUCCUUCAAGACUUCCGCGAACAGGUUAAGAAGGGUCUUCCCUUCAGUCUCGACCUCGCUGCUAUACCGGGCAUUGUAGACGCCUUGAGGCACAACAAUGCGAUCGACGAUCGCAAGAUGCUGCUUGAGAACCUUCUCGUAUUUUUGUCUCGUCUACCUCAGGACACUUUCGCUACUAAGCUUCAAAACAAAGUUGUCGAGCUGCUGUACAAUGAUCUGCCUCACCCACCUGCGACGUAUCUUGGUAACCAGUACGCCUGGCGGGCUGCAGACGGAGGCCACAAUAAUAUUGAAGCCCCUGAUAUGGGCAGGGCCGGCAGGCCCUACGCUCGUAGUGUCCAGCAGGUACACCCUCUACCCCGUGAUGCUUUGCCUGAUGCGGGGCUCGUCUUCGACACGCUGUUGAAGCGAGAGAAGUUCGUCAAGCACCCUGCUGGCUUGUCUAGCAUGAUGUUCUCGUUCGCGGCUCUUGUGAUUCAUACGGUAUUCCGCACCUCUCAUGAGGACGUGAAUAUCAACGAGACCUCGUCCUAUGUCGAUCUUUCGCCGCUUUAUGGACAUAACCAAGAGGCUCAGGACAAAGUCCGGAAUCGCAAUGGACGUGGUGAACUGCAUCCCGAUACCUUUGCAGAGGAUCGACUUUUGUUACUUCCUCCUGCCGUUUGCGUUAUUCUAGUCUUGUUCAGUAGAAACCAUAACUACAUCGCUAAGAAGCUCCUAGAAAUCAAUGAAAGAGGAACAUUUGUCGACCCCGAUAAUAUGUCUAGGGACGAUCCAAACCACGAUCAAAAACUGCAAAAACAAGACGAAGAACUCUUCCAGACUGCGCGUUUGAUUAACUGUACCUGGUUCGCGUCUGCUGUCUUCUCUGACUACUUUAGCGCCAUCCUGGGACUGGUUCGUCAGGGCAGUAGCUGGAGUCUGAACCCUUUCGGUGAAAUCAGAAAAGAAGAUCACUCUCUCUUCGAGCGUGGACGUGGUAAUGUUUGCAGUGUAGAGUUUAACUGUUUGUAUCGGUGGCACGCUACAACGUCCGUAGAGGAUGAGCAAUGGGUUCACGACGCCUUUGGCAACAUCUUCCCUGGUAAAACUCCUGACGAGCUCAGCGUCGCAGAUUUCAAGGCUGCUGCGAAGCAGCUGCAAGCUAGGGCACCCGAUGUGACUGAAUGGACGUUCGGAAACUUGCAGCGUGGAGACGAUGGCACAUUCAAGGACGAGGACCUUGCUAAUGUUCUGCACAACGCUACGGAUCAUGCUGCUGGCGCUUUCAAGGCUAGGGGUACGCCUCAUAUUAUGCGUUUGCAUGAGAUUAUGGGUAUCGAGCAGAAUCGUCGGUGGGGUGUAUGCUCUCUGAAUGACUUCCGUCAGUUCCUUGGUCUGAAGACGUAUUCCACAUUCCUUGAGUGGAACUCAGACCCUGAGGUCGCGGAUGCUGCUGAGAAGCUUUAUGGCGAUAUCAAUAUGCUCGAACUCUACGUUGGUCUCCAGGCUGAGGAAGCUAAACCUGUCGUCGCCGGUGCUGGACUCUGUCCUUCCUACACCAUCAGUCGUGCAAUCCUCAGCGAUGCUAUCGCCUUGACUCGAGGUGACCGUUUCUACACGGCCGACUACACGCCAUUCAACAUGACUGCUUGGGGCUUCGCCGAUUGCCAGCGCGAUCCCACUGCUCCUGGCUAUGGCAGCACUCUUGGCAGGUUGUUCCUUAGGACCCUUCCUAACCACUUCUCCCAUAACAGUACCUACACCUGGUUCCCUCUCAUGACGCCACAGGCAAUGAAGCCUAUCUUAACGAAGCUCGGCGACAUACAAUUGUAUGACUUCAGGAGGCCGACUGUCAAGAAUGAUGCCGUGACUGUGAGCGGGUAUAGAGAGGUGGUCGAGGUAUUGAAGAGCACGGAUAGGUUCAUCAUACCGAAACACACCCGGCAAGCGACUGUGGUCAGGGGUGCAGGGUUCUUCAUCGCUUCGGAGGACAUGGCUCGGGGAGAACGCGAACAGCGUGUGAUGUUGAAAGCGCUAACAGAGGCUCCGGGUGGUAUUGGGAAGAUUACCACCUAUUUCUACCAGAAGACUCGGGAGCUUAUGUUGCAGGGGAGCUAUACCUGUGUGGGAACCACUACUAGGAACGUUGACCUCGCAAGGGACGUCCUCAAGUAUGUUCCUAUCUAUUGGGCAUGUGAGCUUGCCGGCAUCCCACUAAGCACGAAGGAAAAUCCGGAGGAAGGCGCAUGGACUGUCAAGGAGCUGUAUGGCGCAUUGACCGAGAUAUAUUCAUAUCUUUUCCUAGAUAUUGCUCUCUCGCAAACUCUCAAGCUUCAGGAGAAGGUCAAGGGUCAUAUCAGCAAGCUCUUACGGUAUAUCAAAGCUGAAUACAGCGUUGGAUCUAAGCUCUCCAUUUCCGGUGUCUUCGAGACUCUUUCACACAUCAUCAAUGGCAGGUCAGAUCAUGACGAGGUGAUCCGUCGCUUUAACAACAUUGGAUAUGACAUCAACACUCUUGCCAAUACCAUCCUCGCUAUUCUCGUUGGUUCGACAGUUGAGCUAUCGCAAUCUCUUAUUCACUUGGUCAACUUCUUCCUCGAUGAGAACAAACCGAACGACGUUCAGAUACUUGCGUCGAAAACGAAGUUUGACACCAAGGACGAGGCGACCCUUCAAGGUUUCGUAUUGGAGGCUCUUCGACUUGACCCUGCAUUCCGUGGCGUAAUCCGUGAAACCGCACGAGACGAUGUUAUCGGUGGUCAGAAAGUUCCUGCUGGUACAAGUAUCUUUAUUAACAUUGCAAGCGCCAACUUGGACGCGGAAGCUUUCCCUGAGCCUAAGACUGUGGAUCCGACCAGGUCUCCGUUACAGAGGUAUCCGGUAGGCGACGGUGUUCAAAGGUGUCUGGGACAGGAUCUCUCGACCAAAAUUAUGGUUCAUACUCUCCGUGGCGUCUUUGCGUUCAACAAGGUCCGCCGUGCGCCUGGCCAAUCCGCUGGUCUCAAGCGCUUCAAAUCCGAUACCAUGCGUACUAGCAAUUGGGAGUACAUGAGUCGCGACCAGAAGCAAACACCUUGGGCAACGUCUUUUGUCGUACAGUUCGGGUAAUGUUUACGCAAGCUACGAUCUAGUUGUACUGUAGUAGUGACAUUGCAAUCGCUACGUUAUACGUAUAUGACGUCCUCCGAUUUUGCUUUUAUCUCUGUAUCUUACCCCUCUGAGUCAAUCUGAUGCUAUUGAAGUGGUUACAACACAUUCAAAACCUGUCUCCUUGUCUUUCAAUCACUGCGCAGCUGAAUAAACAACGCGGACAAUG